CAUCCAAAGGGUCAAAGUGAUCACGUUGUAGCCUUUUUUCCUUUCUUUCCCCCCCUUCUAAAAUCAUAAUAAAACCCCCACACCAAAGGGCUCUCUGUUCAUCGAUCAAUCUUAACUCUAACAUUACUCCAAUAUUCUCUCUCCCAAAAAAAAAAAUGCACUCGCAAGAUCAAGUACCGGUUCAUAUAAACCACCAAGAGGACCGCCAAUUCAGACGGCACCACACGCGCCACUACUACAUGCAGCGCGUGCAAGAAAGCCUUGCCAAAAGGGUCUCCAAAUUAAUAUGCGGGGUCUUUCUCACCUUGCUUCUCAUCGUGGGCGUCAUCGUGUUCAUCACGUGGCUCAGCUUACGCCCGCACAGGCCCAGGUUCCACGUCAGCGACUUUUCGAUCCCGGCCCUGGCCCUGGCCCAGCCGAGCGGGUUCGAAGACGCCCAGGUGAUCUUCAACGUGACGGACCGCAACCCGAACCAGCACAUCGGGAUUUACUACGAGGCAAUGCAGGUGACCCUGUACUAUCAGGACCAAGGCAUUGGCGGGACCUCCCUGCUGUUCCCGUUCUACCAAGGGUCGAAAAAUACAACGGUGCUUUACGGCGUGCUGAGUGGGGCCACGUUGACGGUGAAUAACGGGCGUUGGACGGAGUUCCAGAAGGACAAGGCACAGGGGGUGGUGGUCUUCCGUCUUCAGUUAACGUCGACCAUCCGGUUCAAGGUGACCACGUGGAAAAGCAAGCGCCACAAGAUGCAUGCCAACUGUGAUGUCGGGGUGGGCCCUGAUGGUUCGAUUUUGGCAAUUUACAGAGAUAAGAGAUGCCCAGUUUAUUUUUCGUAACGAAAGUGUUAGGGUACAUAAAAGAAAUACAUGAAAGUAUUCAUGAAAGAUAUAUGAACGGAUCAGAUUCACAAUCCAGAUUCACAUCAGUGUAAAUUUGGACCGUUCAUGUGUCUUCCAUGAACGUUUUCAUGUAUUUGUUUCACGCACUAUAUCAACCCUCUUCACGUAAUGAUUGUUAAGAGCUUAACACUGGGCUUGCCAGAGCUCGAGGUACAACUGCUUUUAUAGUCUUUGAAGAUCUUUGAAUUAUUAAUUUACGAGACCUCUUCUACUUUUGUACCCUUGUAAUAGUGCAAAAAAAGAAAAGGAGCUCAUCUUUCAUCUUCGUUUUAGACCUAGAAAAAUCAGGACCGGCUUUGUAAUUGUUUAAUUGUUGUACAUUGUACAAUAAUUUGUUUAAUUGUUGUUAAUGAUGCAUUGUCUAAGGAUUUAUAAUUCACUUGGCUCUGCAGUUUGAAAAACAAAACAUGCAAGCUGAAGGAAUCUCCUUGUGACACUUUUUCCUUA